AUGGGUCCCAGUCUUGGCUGAGGUUGGAGCUCACCUCGAGACCCCCUGGUGCUCUCUCGACUCUGGGCAUUGGACUCCCGCUUUCCUGCCCCUGUGGGGUCCCCCCUGAGAGCCCUGUGGCACCGGGCUUAUGGAGGCAGACGAGCCUGCCAGAGGGGCCCCCACCACGGCCAGCCCCAGCAUCAUCGGAGCCGAGGAUGAGGAUUUUGAGAACGAGCUGGACACGAACCCCGAGGAACAAAAAAGCCAGUUCCAGAACCUGGACGUGGUGAAGCGGAGGCCCGCCCACCUCAUGGCUCUAGUGCUCCAUGUGGUGCUACAGUUCGACCCCGGGUACCUGCUGUGCUGCCUUCAUGCCGACAUCCUGACCGGCCUAGGGCCCAAGGAGUUUAAGAAAGCCUUCCUGGAUUUCUACCACAGCUUCCUGGAGAAGACUUCCAUUUUGCGGGUUCCAGUUCCCUCAUCAGUGUCCUUCGACCUCGACAGGACCCGGCCGGACAUGUUGACCGAGGAGCAGCAGCGGCACAUUGUGCAGGAGGUGGUGCAAAACCUGCAGCCCCUGGUGAAUAGUCAGCUGCAGGACUUCUGCUCCAAGCGGCUGAUGGGGAUGACCCCCGGGGAGCGGGAACUUAAUCAGCUGGAGUCCAAGGACGGUCGGGACCCCUCCAAGCUGGGCCGGGAGCGCUUAACGGCGGAGAUGCUCCUGACUCAGUUGGAGGAGAUACACUCCAACAACCCCGACGAUGAGAAGAAUACGGCCAUUUUCAGCGCUGUCAAUCUGUACAUGCGGCACCUCGGGGUGCGGACAAAAACCAGCGACAAGAAGCCGAGGGGGAACUUCUUCCGCAAGAAGAUCUCGGGGAAUAGGAAGUCAGACGACCCCCCCAAGACUAAGAAGGGUCUGAGCAGCAUCCUGGACUCCGCGCGCUGGAAUCGGACCGACAACCUGGGUCCAGAGCCCCGGCACUCCAAACUCGAUACUGAAGGUGAGAAGCCCGGAAUCCUCGAGAGGAAGAUCAGCUACGGGGCCCCUCCCCGGGACAGAGGGACGGGGUCGCCCGGCCAGGACACCCCCGGAGUCACCGUCCACCCACCUCCCGGUGACGGCGCUGACCGGGAGCCUGGCACCGACGCUCCCGUGGAUACGGCCGACUCCCUGCUCCGGGGCCUCUCCAGUUCGGAGCCCUCCAGGAUCUCAGAGAUCGCCGCCGCCGCCGCCGCCACCACCGACGACGACGAGGGAGCUGACACCGAGAGAAGGUGGAAAAGCCCGGUCCCCCCGUCCGUCCCCGUUUUGGGCCGGGGCCCCAAGCUGCCGGGGAGGCUGGGCCGGUCCGAGAGCCUGCGGGUGAACGAUCUGCGGCGACCCUCACGGGGGAGCCUGGGGACCAAGGGCCGGGGGGGGGGCCGGUCCCGCAGCGAUGUCGACAUGGACCCCGGUUCGGCCACCGCCGCCCUGGGCCCCGCCCAGCGCCCCACCCCGGAGCCGGGCGAGGAAGGGGAGCCGGGCCGGGGGGCGUUGGAGGUGGAGCCGGAGGAGCCGCCAGGCUGGCGGGAGCUGGUGCCCCAGGAGGUGGUGAUGAAGAUGCGGAAGGACCAGGUGAAGCGGCAGGAGGUCAUCAGUGAGCUGCUGGUGACGGAGGCGGCCCACGUCCGGAUGCUGCGCGUACUCCACGAACUCUUCUUCCAGCCCAUGGCGGUGAGCAACUUCUUCUUCCCGGGAGAGCUGCAGAACAUCUUCCCCAGCCUGGACGAGCUGAUCGAGUUGCACUCCCAGUUCCUGGAGAAACUAAUGAAGCUGCGGCAGGAAAGCGGGCAUCUCAUCGAGGAGGUCGGGGACGUGCUGCUGGCCAUGUUCGACCAUCCCGAGGGCUCCUGGUUCCAGAAGAUCUCCGCCCGCUUCUGCAGCCGGCAGUCGUUCGCCCUGGAGCAGCUGAAAGCCAAGCAGAGGAAGGAGCCCAGGUUCUGUGCGUUCGUGCAGGAGGCGGAGAGUAAACCGCGGUGCCGGCGGCUGCAGCUCAAGGACAUGAUCCCCACGGAGAUGCAGCGACUGACCAAGUAUCCUUUGCUGCUGCAGAGCAUCGGCCACAACACCGAGGAGACCCAGGAGCGAGAGAAGGUGGAGCGGGCAGCCGAGUGCUGCCGGGACAUCUUGCAACACGUCAACCAGGCCGUGAGGGACAUGGAGGACCUGCUGCGCCUCAAGGAAUACCAGCGCCGGCUUGAUCUCUCCCAUCUGCGGCAGAGCAGUGACCCCAUGCUGAGUGAAUUCAAGAACCUGGACAUCACCCAAAAGAAACUGAUACACGAAGGGUCUCUCACCUGGAGAGUGACCCGGGACAAAGCCGUAGAGGUGUACGUGCUCCUGCUGGAUGACCUCUUGCUGCUGCUGCAGCGUCAAGACGAGCGGUUGCUGCUCAAGUCGCACAGCCGCACGCUGACGCCCACGCCCGACGGGAAGACCAUGCUGCGGCCCGUCCUGCGCCUCACCUCCGCCAUGACCCGCGAAGUGGCUACAGACCACAAGGCCUUCUACGUCAUCUUCAACUGGGACAAGGAGGCCCAGAUCUACGAGCUGGUGGCCCAGACCGUCUCUGAGAGGAGGAACUGGUGUGCCCUCAUCACGGAGACGGCCGGCUCCCUGGCCCCAGCCCGCCACAGCCGCCCCAAGACUCGCCCGACGCCCAAUAGCUCCCGGGAGCCCAUGCUGAGCAGUUCAGAGAACGGGAGCAGCAACAGAGAGGCCCCCCAGCCUGACGUCCUCCCGGAGCAGCUCGUCAGUCUUCUCCUGCCCUACGCCCAACCCGGCCCCGAGGGUCAACUCGCUGCCACUGCCCAGAGUGAAGUGCAGUCCUUGAAGCAGCUGCUGCUGCCCCUGGUCCCAGGGGAGGAGAAUGGGUCAGGGCCACCCCCUGAGGGGGAGGGGGAUGGGGGGCCUCCCCCCAUCCUAACCCCAGCCCAGGCCCAAGAGGUGCAGGACAAACUGCUCAACCUGGAGGCGAUGGUGCGAAAGCUGGAGGAGAUGGAGGAGCAGUUCUGCAGCCUGCGGCACAUCCUGUGCAGCCAGCUGAGUGGCACCGCCUCCCCUCAGCCCCCCAGCUGUUCCUGAGGGCACAGGGACGACCCCUCAAGCCAGAGACUGAAGUUGGGGGAGGCCCCGUGCCCGCCCCCGGCUUUCCGCUCAGUCGCUCUCCGCCUGCUCCCCUGCCGCGUGGGAGGGAGGGGCUCAGGAGACAGUGGCAGAGGGACGCCCGCCUGUCUCUCCCCCCCCCCCUUCCACCCCAGCCGGGGACCCCACCUGGGUAGGCAGCCCCCCGCCACUCGGCCUCUGUCUCAUCUCUCCCCCAAGCAGGGGGACGAGGCUCAGGGCUUCAUUCCGGGGGCCCAGGGUGGUGCAACUCCCUCGCCACUCACCCCUCCACUGCCCCCGCCAUCUCAGUAUUGCCCCCGGGGGCACUGCCCUCCAAGUGCCUUGGCCGCUCCGCUGCGUUUUUAUAUUCUGAGGAAUAUUUUUAAUAUAUAUAUUAUGUAUACGUA